UGGUAAAAUGAAUUAUCUUUGAAGUAAACUUUGAUGUUGUUUUGUUUUCUGUGAUUAUACUAUCGAUAAUGUAAACGGAGAUUCAAAAUAUUGUAAUUACUAAUUACCAAUUAAUACUUUUUGUAAGUAACUGUCUUGAUCGAAAAUUAAGUACAGUCAAAUUAUUAAAUAGUGCGCUCCGUAAAAUUAUCCAGUUAACUGUAUUACUGUAUUCAUUAUUUAAAAUUAUUUUUAUUAUUAUUUUAUUUAUCGAUAAAUUAUAAUAUUUUUAAUAACUUUACAGCUAAAAAAUUAGCUAUCAGUUAAAAUAAAGUAAUACUAUAUUCUUAUACAUUUACAAUUAUAAGUAUUUAGAAGUUAAAUUACUGUUUAUUAUGUCAAUAUAAUUCUACAUUCUAUGAAAAUACUACAAUAACAAUACUAAAAAAAACAAAUGCUCGCCAAAAUCAUGUACCACAUUAAAUGUAGAAACAACAUUUAUCCUAAAACAGAUGGAAAAAUUGUUCGAUUUCAUGUACCAGAUGAUAAAGUUAGUUGGAAUUCUCUGUAUCCCAUGUAUAAUCCAACAUUGUUUACAUCUACAUGUGUUGUUGAUCAACCCUGGGCUGAUAAAGAUUUGAGUGUAUUUGAUUUCCAACCCAGUUGGAAUACUAUUGAUGGUUAUAUUAAUAGAAUUAGUUUGACUGGGAUGUAUGAAAUUAAAAAUGGCUAUCCCCUGAACCCUUGUGGCCGAACUGGUAUAAUCGGUCGUGGAGUUCUUGGACGUUGGGGCCCAAAUCAUGCAGCUGAUCCAAUUGUUACUCGUUGGAAAAUAUUUAACAACGAACAAGUAUUUGAUAAAAUCAGUGGCAAACCUAUUCUUCAGUUUGUUGCUAUUCAAAGAAAAGAUUCUGGUGAAUGGGCAUUACCUGGUGGUAUGGUUGAUUCUGGAGAAAUAAUUUCAACUACUUUGAAGAGAGAAUUCAUGGAGGAAGCUAUGGACUUGUUGCAAAAAUCUGAAGAAGAUGUUAUCAAAAUAAAAAAUGAAAUAGAGAAAAUAUUUAACGAAGGCGUAGAAAUUUAUCAAGGAUACGUUGAUGAUCCUAGAAACACUGAUAAUGCUUGGAUGGAAACCAUUGCAACUCUUUUUCACGAUGAGAAAGGAGUUAAUGUAGGAAUAUUAAAACUUCAGGCAGGAGAUGAUGCAGUUGGAGUGAAGUGGGUAGAUUUAGAUAGAAAUCUGAAAUUAUAUGCCAAUCAUAUAUCAUUUUUAGAGGAAAUUGCAACCAGAUUAAAAUGUCAUUGGUGAAUUAAUUGAAUUGAUAUUCUUAUAUUAUUAAUACUUACAUACAUAGUUAAUAAUAUUUAACGGUUUGAAAAUAG